CCCAGUAUCGUCUCGUGUCGACGCUUUCGGCUGCAACGCUUUUUUGGUCAGACUAAUCCAAACAGGCCAAACAAACCGAACGAGCCGAACCAAACAAACCGAGCAAGCGGAAGAAACCGUCGGAAGGCAAAGCCGUUAAAUAACGCGACGUUUUUAAUAUUUUUUUUCGGUGUGCCGCCCAGUUUGUUAUUUUUUUUGUAGUUUAACAAAGCUUUAAUUGUGUGUCUCGGCCGUUUGUUUUCUUUUUGUCGGGGAAAAUGCGCGCGCGCAUUUAAGAGGUGAAACAGCAAUCGUAUUUUAAACGAAAACUAAAUCCGCAGCUGGUCUAAAAAACAUCUAUGCAUCUUGAACCUGCAACAACAACGAUAACAACAACAACAGAUACAGAACAAGGAACCAAAAAAGUCAACUUGCAACGCAAUCGUUGUUGCUUUUUGGCCCCUGAACUUGGCGGCCCCAAUCCCUUUGGCAGGCGUCGGAAGGCGGAGCCGCUCGGCAGCGGCUGCUGCGGCGGCGCCACCACAUGGACCAUGCCGUGAAGGCGACGCGCGGCCGCCCGCUCAACACGCUGCGCUUCGAGAACGACGAGCUGGAAUGCCUCUACCAGCGGUACACGCUCAAGCUGCAGCGCUUCUCGGUGCUGGGCGUGGUGGCCCUGGUCUUCGUCCUCUGCGGCGUGAUGGCGGCCCUGUCGCUGGCCUUCAAUAAUGCGGCCACCUUUCACAACAUCUUCAAUGCGAUCGUGUGCGGGCUGUUCGCGGUGGUGCUGGUGCUGCUGCAGUGCUCCGUGAUAAAGGACCACCACCUGCCCACGCUGUGCUACGGGAUCCUGCUCUUCACGGCCAGCAUCUGCGUGGUGUCGAUGCCGACGCUGGGCAGCGUGUUCCCGGUGGACACCAAGGAGGUGAUGGCCGAGGGCGUCUGGCAGAUCGUGUUCGUGGUCUUCCUCGCCUACGCCAUGAUGCCGCUGCAGAUCUGGGAGGCGGUGGCCUUUGGCAUCGCCCUGCCCUCGGUGCACAUCAGCCUGACCGUCUACAAGAUAUUCACGGAUGCCCUGCGCUACUUGGAGUACAACCAGCUGAUCGCCAACAUUGUCAUUUUCAUCGGCGUGAAUGUGGCCGGUCUGGUGGUGAACAUCAUGAUGGAGCGGGCCCAGCGGCGCACCUUCCUCGACACGCGCAACUGCAUCGCCUCGCGGCUGGAGAUCCAGGAUGAGAACGAGAAACUGGAGCGUCUUCUGCUGUCGGUGCUGCCGCAACACGUGGCCAUGCAGAUGAAGAACGACAUCCUGUCGCCGGUGGCCGGCCAGUUCCACCGCAUCUACAUCCAGAAGCACGAGAACGUCAGCAUCCUGUUCGCGGACAUCGUCGGCUUCACGGUGCUCUCCUCGCAGUGCAGCGCCCAGGAGCUGGUCCGUCUGCUCAACGAGCUCUUUGGCCGCUUUGAUCAGCUGGCCCAUGACAACCACUGUUUGCGGAUUAAGAUCCUGGGCGACUGUUAUUAUUGUGUCUCCGGUUUGCCAGAACCGCGGAAGGAUCACGCCAAAUGCGCUGUGGAAAUGGGACUCGAUAUGAUCGAUGCCAUUGCCACCGUGGUGGAGGCCACCGACGUCAUCCUGAACAUGCGCGUGGGCAUCCACACCGGUCGGGUGUUGUGCGGUGUUUUGGGCCUCCGCAAGUGGCAGUUCGACGUGUGGUCGAACGACGUCACCCUGGCCAACCACAUGGAGUCGGGCGGGGAGCCCGGUCGGGUGCACGUGACCCGCGCCACCUUGGACUCCCUGUCCGGCGAGUACGAGGUGGAGGCCGGCCACGGGGACGAGCGGUCCUCGUAUCUACGCGACCACGGCGUGGACACAUUCUUCAUCGUGCCCCCGCCACAUCGCCGCAAGCCGCUGAUGCUCAACACGCUGGGCGUGCGCUCGGCGAUAGGCAGUCGUCGGAAGCUCUCGUUCCGGAAUGUGUCCAAUGUGGUCAUGCAGCUGCUGCACACGAUCAAGUUCUCUGAGCCCGUGCCGUUCUCCAACAUAGCCACCGGAUCCUUCCCCUCGGCGGCCAGCGCCCUCGGAGGCGUCGGCGCUGGAGUGGGCCUCGGCGGGGGCGUGGCACGGGGAAGCACCUGCGAGGCGAACGCCGGCAGCGUUCAGGUGUCCGAGAAGGGAUCGCGCAAGGAUGCGGUGAUACGUCUGCAAAAGAUCUUGCAUGCAACACCGCCACCGCACGGCAUGGGCUAUGGCAGCGUCGUCGGCAGCGGCGGCGGUGGUGACGGUAAUGGCGGUGGCGGUAUUUCCGGUAUUGCCGCUGCCGGUGGGGGCAGUGUUCAAGUGACCGUAGGCACAAAUCCCAACUCAACAGCGAGUACGAUUAGUCGCAUUCAUAGGCACAAUCACAAGAACAAUAAAUCGCAGUCGAAGGUGGCGGACAAGUUCAAGAGGCCAUUCCGGAAGCGGCACUCGGUGGCCGCCCACCAUCAGCCCACCAACCGGGUGAACCGAUUCCUCUCCCAGGCGAUCAAUGCCCGGUCGGUGGACUGUGACAAGUCGGAGCACGUCGACCGGCUGACCCUGCGCUUCCGGCAGAGCGACAUGGAGCGGGAGUACCACAAGGACUUCGACCUGGGCUUCACCACGGCGAUGGGCUGCUCCCUGCUGCUGCUAAUCCUGGGGGCGGCGCUCCAGGUGACCGCCCUGCCGCGCACCCUCAUCCUGCUGCUGCUCUUCCUCACCGCCUUCAUCUGGGUGAGCGCCAUCCUGAUGCUCCUGCUCGCCGUGCGCCUCAAGUGGAUCAUCUGGGACAUCUCGGAGAGCUUCUCGCUGCGCAUGGCCAUCACGAUCUUCACGGUCAUUCUCAUUUACUCCGUGGGACAAGUGAAUGUGUUCACGUGUGUCUCGGACCAUCCCUGCUCGGGCAAUGCGACGGCCUCCUACCAGAACGACUCUCAUCGCAAGUGCUCGCUGCCCCAGUACGUGUCCCUAUCGGCCGCCUUUGCCUUCCUAUCUGUGUCCGUGUUCCUCAGGCUGCCCAUUAUAUUCAAAUCGCUGCUGGUGCUCGGCAUGGGAACCAUCUACGGCCUGUUCAUCGAGCUGUCUCACCAGAACAUCUUCGAGUGCUACGACAACCGGGUCAACGCCUCGAUUCCACUCCACUUGAUCUCGCUGGCCCGCAUCGCCAUCUUCAUGAUUGCCAUUCUGGUGCACGGCCGCCUGGUGGAGGGCACCGCCCGGCUGGACUUCCUCUGGCAGCUGCAGGCCUCGCAGGAGAAGAAGGAGAUGGACGUGCUGCAGGAGUCCAACAAGCGCAUUCUGCACAAUUUGCUGCCCGCUCAUGUGGCUGCACAUUUCCUCGAUGCACAAUUCCGCAACAAUAUGGAGCUCUACCACCAGAGCUACGCCAAGGUGGGGGUCAUCUUUGCCAGCGUGCCCAACUUCAACGAGUUCUACACGGAGAUGGACGGCUCCGAUCAGGGCCUCGAAUGUCUCCGACUGCUGAACGAGAUCAUCGCGGACUUUGACGAGCUGCUCAAGGAGGACCGCUUCCGGGGCAUCGACAAGAUCAAGACCGUGGGCAGCACCUAUAUGGCCGUCGUGGGUCUCAUUCCCGAGUACAAGAUCCAGCCCAAUGAUCCCAACUCAGUACGUCGCCACAUGACUGCGCUCAUCGAAUAUGUCAAGGCCAUGCGGCACUCGCUGCAGGAGAUCAACAGUCACUCGUACAACAAUUUUAUGCUGCGCGUGGGUAUCAACAUUGGACCCGUAGUGGCGGGCGUAAUCGGAGCCCGGAAGCCGCAGUACGACAUCUGGGGCAACACGGUGAACGUGGCCAGUCGCAUGGACUCCACCGGAGUUCCUGGCUACUCGCAAGUCACUCAGGAGGUGGUGGACAGUCUGGUGGGCUCGCACUUUGAGUUCCGAUGUCGCGGCACCAUUAAGGUGAAGGGCAAAGGUGACAUGGUCACCUACUUUCUGUGCGACAGUGGCAACAAAUCGCUGAACGGCGAGGUGCGUAACGCCAUGUCCCUUCCCCAGAGUCUCCACGCACCGGACUACUACAUGAAGGUAUCGCAGUUUCCGGAGAACCGCGUCAACACCGACACCUACAGCAAGAAGGAGAACGGACACCUGUACGCCGGCACCGGUGGCGAGGAGCAGCAGCUACUGCUGCAGCACCAGCACAAGCAGCUCGACCCACUGCCGCUUCCGGCGCCACCGCCUCCGGUGCACCACCACCUGCACCAGCAGCAACAACAACGCUUGAACAGCAAGCUGCAGAAGCAGCCGAUCUUCAUGGCCAACGGCGGACUGCCCAAUAUCCGGGAGAACGGCAACGGUCACAAUGGCGAGCAGCAGCAGCAACAGCAGCAGCACAGUGGCUUCAUGGUGGCCACGACGACACCGACGGCUGCAGUGGCGGUUCCCCUCCAGCCCCAGCACCACCAACUCCAGUUCCAGAGCCAGCACCAGCACCAGCUCCAGCACCAGCACCCGCACUCGCAUCCACUCCCGUCAGCAGCGGGGGUUCCAGUGCAGCACCAGAUCCUACUCCACCACCAGCUCCAGCUCCAGCAUCAGCAUCAGCCCGUUCCUUCGGUAAUGUUGCGCGAGUUUAAUAUCAUUGAGAACCCGACCUCCGGUGGCCGGCAUCCGCAGAUGGAGCAGCUGCCGCCGCACCACGGCAGCCUCGACCUAUCCGCCAUGGGCGGCGGGUUGGGAAUGGGUAUGGGCAUGGGAAUGGGUGUGGGUGUAGGUGUGGGGGCUGGCGUGCUCGGCGGCGACUGCUUCAUGAUGCCUCGGCGAGAUAGAGAUCGCGAUCGCGAUCGCACCUAUGCGCCGCCCCUAAACCAGCAUGGCCAUUAUCCACCGCAUCACCUCCAUUCGAAUCUGAAUCUGAGUAUGAACCAGAGCCAGAGCCAGAACCAGCACCCGCCAUCGUUCACCAGCCUGGGCUAUGGCCACUGCCGGGAGAGCGAGCCGCUAUUGCAUGCCAGCAGCGUCGCGCCGGUAGCCAAGAUCAUGCCCAUGCAGCAUGCGCCAAAGUACGAGCCACCACGUUACACUUCUCCCCACACCGUGUUGUCGCAGCAGCAUCAUCAGCAGCAUCAGCAGCAACCACAUCCCGCCCAGGAUCAGCAGCCACAUCCCGCCCAGGAGCAACAGGCGCAUCCACAGCGGCAGUACGCCAUGUAUUCGCAGCAGCCGCAGCUGCCGCCGAAGCCGGCGCUGAGGACGUACAUGAAGCCGCUGCCGAAGCUGCCGGCCGAGCUGGAGGAGAGCCGGGACAUGUCCUCGACGGACGACCUCAGCUCGCGCCCGCACUCGCCCUCGAUGAGCAGCUCGGACGAGAGCUACUCGAAGACCACCGAGGGCGAGGGCGAAGGCGACGAGGACUCGCCGCGCAUCCUCAACGGCGGCCACCUGCACCGGAAUGGCUACCAUUUGCCCGCCGGCGGCCUGGUCAAUCCGCUGCAGUGGCUCUAUCCCUGCGACAUCCAGGUGGACCCCACCUCGCCGGUGGUCGACAUGGCCCAGCUCACCCACGACUUUGAGCUGAGCUCCACCACCGAGAGCCAGGGCCAGCACACCACCAGCAACACGACCAGCAACACGCAGCACAAGGGCGACAGCUGCAACAGCUUCGACUAUCAGAAGGCGGCCGCCGGAACGGGCGUGGCCAUAGCCACCAAGUCGCCCUUCGAGCGGGAGCUGCAGCGCCUGCUCAACGAAUCCUCGCGAGCCCGUUGCCUGGCGACCACGACGGCGACGGCAACGGCGACGGCCAUCUCCACCACGGAUCACACGGCCAGCAAUGGCAGCCGGGAGAUGAGCUACUCCCUCAGCAACGGCAAGCUGAGCUCCGCCAACGGACAUGGCGCUGCGGGAUCCGGAUCGGGAUCCGGGUCGGGAUCAGGAUCGGCGGCGGGCAACGGCAGCGGCAGCAGCAAUGGCAAUCUCAGCGGCGGCAGCGGCAGCAAUUCGAACAGUGGCAACAACAACAGCAGCCACCACAAGGCGGAGCAGCAGCAACAUGUGGAUCACGAGCUCCUGGCCGGCGGCAAGUUGCCGGGCAGCAACAGCUUCAUGAUUGCCAAGCACCCGGUGGGCUUGGAAGCCAUCAAGGAGAUAACGCGCAACAAGAAUCCCUCGGAGUCAAGCCAAAUGCAAACCUCGGACACGGAAUCCUGCGAGAUCCUGCACGAGAACCGCAAUCAGCUGCGAGUGCUGGCCAUGCUGGAGAUGCACACAGCGAAGGAGCUGAACGGCAGCCAUGUGCACCACGUGCAGCAUCCCCAGACGCAGCAGCAGCAGCAGCAGAGGACGCAUCGCCAGCGACCGCGCUCCAAGGAGCUGCAGUACAGCCACGAGAGCCUGGACGGACUGGAUGGAGCGGUGCAGACGCAGUCGCAGCAGCGCCACCAGCGCUACCACCAUCACCACCACCACCAUCACCACCAGCACCAACAGAGACAGCAGCAACAGCAGCGCUACAACCAUGUGCAGGAGCAGGAGGAGCGUGACGACACCGAGGACAACCUGGCCGACGAGGAGUUUGAGGAUGAUGAAGUGGGUCGCGAUGUGCGGCAGAAGCGCCUACAGAAGCCGGAUCUCAACCACAAACGGGCGGAGGCUGCAGCCGAUGCGGAGGGGGAAAAGGAGGACGACGACGACGACGAGGACGAGGAUGAGGAGGAGGAGAACCACCGAAACGGAGGACACAGGGAGGCGGCGCCGCUGACGAAUGGCAGCAUGCGCGGCUUGGAGGCCAAUGUGAUAAACGACGAGCUAAAGUACGGGGCGGCCCAUCUCAACCACCAGUCCAUGGACUCCAAUCCUUUGGAGAGCCAGUCGGAGUGGUCGGACGACGAUUGCCGUGAGGAAGCCACAGGUGGAGCCGAGUCCACGGGAUACAUCACGGAUGAGCCCGGUCUGGAGAACAUCUCGCUGCUGAACGAAGCCGGUCUCACCGAUGCCGAGGGCGCCCUCUCGGACGUUAACUCGCUGUAUAACGCGCCGGAUGUGGACGACACCUCGGUGUCCAGCCGGGCCAGCUCCCGCCUGCUCAGCCUGGACUCGCUGAGCGGCCUCUACGACUGCGACCUGGACUCCAAGCACGAGCUGGCCAUUGUCAAUGCCUCGCACAAGAUCUCCAGCAAAUUUGGACAGCCUUCCUCACCGGCACAGCAUCAGCAGCAACAGCAGCAACAACAGCAACAGCAGCACCAGCAACAGCAGCAACACCAGCAGCAACAGCAGCAGCAUCAGCAGUCUCAAUUGCAAAUACAGGCCCAAUCGCAUUUGACACCGGUUCAGGUUCAGUCAGCAGAGGAGCUGAGAGAGUAAAGAUUGAAAGUUGGUGAAGGAGCAGGGAGCGUUAAACACUCAAACGUUGUUAUUGCUAUAUGCAAAUGGUGUCUAAUAAUUUACAAUAAACCAACCUAAACUAAAGUAAACUAAAUCUAGAAUAGGUGACAGAUAAAUAUAUAUUUAUGUAUGUGAAGAAGCAGAGGCACUUAAUGCUGCUCUAUGGCACCCCUAGAUGUAAGCCCGUUUAACUUUACUGUGGCUAGAUCAUGCCCAGUAGAUAUUAACUCAUAUAUACCUAUAUAGUGUAUAGUAUAUAGUAUAUGCAAGAAAAUCUAUAUGUAUUGAAAGAAAACACGUAGUCAUUGGUUACUCGUCGCCAAUUGGCCCAGUUAAGCGUUCCAGUUACUAUACCGCGUGAAAAAAAUCGAAAUUAAUCUUGAUAUUUAGCCGCAACUUGAGAUACCCAAUGCUAAUCCAUGAAUUCAUCAUUUAGUGCGCUUAGUCCUCCUAAGGACUUACUUAGGGCGGGGAAUGGCAGUUAGGCGUUCCCCGUCCAGUCCCAUAUGUUAUUAAUGUACUAAUAUAUAUGUGUAUAUGUAUCAUUUUAAUAAUCGAAUAAGCAACAAUUUGGCCAUUCAUACGAAGCCACAACCAAUGCAUGACAAGAUGUAAAUAAAACAAAAUGUUAUAAAUAUUUUUCCGAUAUUAUUGUAAGGCUAUAAAUUGCCCAUAGACUGCGCCACCAUGAAUUCGAAUUUGGAAGUGAAAUUUAAACCGAAAAAUCUCAUCGAUUGAGACUACGCAAUUCGGAUAAUCAUAUUAAAGUCCCACGUGAAAGAUACGUAACUCCUCCUUUCGUUUUUUUUAUUUGUUUCGACCUCCGCGCCAAGCGUCUUUGACUUUUUAUGUUGCCUACUCUUGGGCUCAACCGCAAACUGGCUUAUACUUAGCUUUUGUAUUCCAAAUAUGAUGUUGCGAAUUUUUAGUUUAAGUUCCAGAGUGCUAGAAGGAGUCACUUAAAGUGGACUCCACUCUGUUGGCUGCUGCACAAUUGUCAAAUUUCAUUUGCUAUGCUAUAUUCAGUGCAUUCGUCUGUAAGAUCUGUACAUAGGAUAUUCGAAAUGAUAGAAGAAAGUAUAUGAAUAUAAUUUACAAUUACUAGGAACUUAAGAUGCAGAGACAAAAUAUUCUUGAUAUUGUUGACCCGACCCCAAUAACCGAAACCAAAACCAAACAACACCAAGCAAAAAACUGAAACAAAAUCUCUUACAUCUGUGCAAAUGAUAAAUAAGAAAAUGUAAACAAACAAAUCCAUAUUUUGUGUGUGAACUUUAUAAAGUCGCCUUAGUAGCGCCAAAUAUUAUUAAUUAAACUACACGAAGGCAACAAGAUAAACGAUAAAAGCAACUACCACAGCUACUGCAAGAACUGCAAACAGCCCACAGAUAAACUUCUUAUGCAAAUAUAAACACAAAUAGCGCAGAUCUAUACAUCAAAUAUAUAUGUACAUAUAAAUGAAAUUGAGAACAAGCUGGAAUAUCUAUAUACACACAUUCAUAUGAUUGUACACAGAGGCAGACAGGAAGUUCGAACUAGAGAACGGUGUGCAAGUAUAUUUAUUUUUCUGUACUAAAAGAAAGUAAAUGGUAAAGAAUUAAAUAUUAUAUGCAAUGACAGACAUCUGUCUAUAUCUACACAAAAUAAUGGUGGGUAAGGCCCUAUAAACAGACAUACAAAUUUUGAUGGCCAAUUGUCGACUCAUUUUGAAUUUUAAAAUGCAAUUAUCAUGUUGGCAACAUUGCAUGAUCAGGACUGUUCCGAAUUCAGCAACUUAAUAGAAGACUUGAUCGAACUUUCCUUUAAGUUUGUCCCUUUAUGAUUAACUAGCAUAAAAUAAAUCUUAAAAAAGUUACUUCAUUUUUCACUUAAAUCCCCCUAAAAUUCUUAAGUUUAGAACUGAUUAUUAUUAUUAUUUUAUCCAAAAUAUCAUUUUAAAAUUAAAGUUCUUAUCAAAUUUUCUGGAAAAUUCUAUUUUUCUGUUUUGAUUUAAAUUUGUAAGCAUUGAAAUGCGGAAAGAAAUUUGGAAAAAUGUCUAUUAAAACUAAAAAUUGGAACAGUUAGAGAAAUUUUCAUCUGUAAGAUUGUUCCGGAUAUGGAAAGUGGAACAGGCCUGUUUGCAUAAGAACAAAACCCUACUAGAAAUACAUAAAAUGUCAGCAUAUCAAAUAUGUCAGAAAAAAAUA